AUGGAGUAGGUAAAGAUCAGUAAGUCUGAUGAAGGUUAGAAGCAGAUUGAAAAAGAAUAAGAAAAAGAAAGAAUUAGACAGGAGGAUGAAUUACAUAGAAAGUAGGCAUUUGAAAAAAUGAAUGAAGAGUAAUUGUAAUUUUAAAAUUAGACUGAGGAGAGUAACAAUCAAUUUUUAUUAGAGCUUCAAAAUAACUACAAAAAGCUGACUAGUAAACACAGAAUGCUUAAUACUAUUACUAAGAUCAAGAAUGAAGAUUUCAAGAAGGAUCUGAAGAAGGCAUUUUUAGAUCAAUGCGAAUCUGUCAAGAGAAUGUCAGAAACUUACAAGAACUACUCUGAGAAGAAUUUCAAUCAUGAUGAUAUAGAAACUUAUGAUCAGUUUAUGGAAAAAUUACAAAUUCAUGAGGAAAGAGUUAAAAAUCUAAAUGAAUUAGACAAAUUACAGAUGGUUUAAGGUGGAUCAAUUGGCACUAAAAGAGAGAUUGAAAAACAGAGAAAACUUGCAUUUGGACUGUAAACUAAAAGCCAAAUGCAAGGUCUUGUAAACACUGUAGUAAAGGACUAAAAGAUUUUAAAGUUAAUGAAAUUUGUAACGGAUAUCUUCAAUUGCUGGGACUAAGAUAAAUAUGAAUUUAUAACUUUGAGCGAUUUGAUAAGAAACCUAAUUAACCUAGGAUUUAGCUAGAAUGUUAAAUUCUUCAUGCGAGCUUUUGGACUAAUAUUUUAAAGAGAUUUCAAGUCAGGAGAAAAAUUUACUUUAUCUGAUUUUCAAAAGCUAUUUGAUACAGUUCCUUAAUAUGAUUAAGCUUUAUACUAGAUUGGCAGGCUUUAUUUACAAAGACAGGAGAUUUUGAAUAAAACAUUAAAAAGUAAUAAACCACAUCCUUUGAAAAACUCUGACAGUAUAAAUUUUGAUGUGUAUGGUCUGAAUUAGAAUUAAGACUCAUAUAUCAAUGAUAGGUAGUAAGUUUAUCUAAAGCAACUCGAUAAGAAGCAUAUAGAAGUAAAAUAAGGAAUGAGAGUGGUGCAAAAACUAUUAAUUUUAAAGCAAAUCAUUGGAGACAUAUUUAAAUAUGCACCCUUGAUGCUACUUAAAGAUGACAAGAGCAAUGAUUAAUAAAAGAAGGAACUGUAUGUUAAGUAGAAGCUGGUGAGUGAUCAGGAAAUACAAUAAAAAUACAAGUAAUGUUCGAAUCACUUCAAAAGAUUGCUUAAAAUUCACUAUAACAAUCCUAAAUAGUUGGAGGGCAUUCAAGAUGAAAACGUCAAAGCAAUAUUUAAAUUCAUGCUUGAAGAGAAAGAUCAUAGCUAUUUCAAUUUGAGGAUGGAUAGAGUGAAUCUAUUCUUUAUGAUAUUGGAUGAGUGGACCUAAAGCCAGCUCUGCCAAAAAUAGUAUGUUAAGCCUUAUUAAUUCAUUGAGUUCUGCUGCUCAAAAACGCUUGAAUUUUAAUAGUCAGACAUGACAUAACUAUUUUCUGUACUUUUAGGUGAUAAUCAAGAGAAUGAUUCGAGAACAGGUCUAGAUUAGGCUAAAUUCCUUAGAAAUAUCCUUAGAUCUCUAUUUAAAAAUGCUUUUGAGAACAUAAUGGAUUACUUAGCCAGUUAAAAUGCACUCAAAGAUGUCCUACCACUUACUUUAUAGCUUAGUACUUAUCAGAGACAGGUUAUAUUGAAUUAGUAUUCUAAGAUUUAGUCAAACAAUAAUAGCAUGAAUACAUUUGAUUAAAACAAGAAAAUGUCUAAGCUGUUUCAUAGAAGUAGUAGCUAAUUAGGCUAAGGAGAUUAAAAAAGGCAGUUAACUUAUUUUGAGAUUUUGCAAAGAUAGAAGGGGUAAAAGAAAUAUGAUUAUAAUAAAUGCGCAUAAGAUCUACAAAAUGAAAUGGAAAAUAUUUUGAAUCCCUCGCCAUAAUAAAUUGAUAAGGAGCAGAGAGUUUCUAUAAGGAAAAAGAAAAUUCAGAUGAAUUAACAACUAUUAAAGAUGCUUGAAGCUACUGCUAUUGAAUCCUCUUCUGAAGACGAUUAAAAUGAUUAGCAACAUAGAAAAGACAUAAAGGUAUAAGAGCUUAAUAUAUAUAAAUACUGA